UUUUAUUUGAUUUUUGUUUUAUUUGCAUAUUUUCUUCUUCCCUUGUUUUAAUUUAUCUAAAUAUUAUGAAAAACUAAAUGGUAGUUAAACAAUCUAUAAAUAAAAAUAGAAAUUUAAGAUUGUCAUUCAACUGAAGUUUUGUUUUGUUGUUAAGUAGGUGAUCCAACAGGUUACAUCCAUAUUUGUUGUUUUUAAUUAAAGUUUUACAUCGAAUUCCCAUAAUCAACAAACUCACUAAUUCUCAAGAAAUGUCUACUUCUAAGUUGAUUAAAGUUUUUGUUUAUGGCACUUUGAAAAAAUCCGAACCAAAUCAUCACUGGUUAACGACGUCCAGUAAUGGUUAUUCGAAAUUUAUUUCCUGUGGACAAACUUCCGAGAAAUUUCCACUUGUCAUAGGAACUCGUUAUAACAUUCCAUUUCUCUUGGAUAAAAAGGGAACUGGUAAUAAUAUUCAAGGAGAAAUAUAUGAAGUCGACGAAAUGAUGUUUGGCAAAUUAGACGAACUAGAAGAUUAUCCAACUCACUAUGAUCGUGAGAUUCAAGACAUCAAAACAAGUGAUGGAACUAUUGUCCCAUGUUGGUUGUAUUUGAUUCGAAACUUUCCAGAAGUAUUACUUUCACGGAAGUUCUUGACUUCAUAUACUAAUUGUAAGGAGCAACAAUAUUGCGAAAGGUCUAAACGCGAUCCAAAUAUUAAAGCAAGAAAUGAUCUUAAUUUCUAACUACUCUAAUAUCGUAUUCAUUUACAGCGAUUCUGAGGAAAUGACAAGAGAUGAAAUGUUAAAUGAUAUGGCAAUAGACUAUGAGAAUAAAAGUUAUAAAUAAAGAAGUGCAAUGAUAAAAAUUAGUUUUGAAAUACUUUAAAAGUUUAUUUUUACAGAAAUAUGUACGUUAUGAAAAUAAAUUAUUUGAAUACAAAUAUA